GUGGGCAGCCUAUGCAAGAACGUCUGAGGAAAUAGUUCAUUCGUCUUGCUGAGCUUGCGAUAGGAAAACAGCUUCUACAGUAACUGUUCUCAUUGUCUUCUAAAGGAGAAAAGGUUUGGAUCUGAAUAUAUUCAUAGCAAGGCAGAAUUUAUUAAGACAAGUAUUCACCAUGACUGGGGAACAUAUUGAGAUGACCACUGCUUUUGUCUAUGAGGAACUGGCAUCUCCGUGUGAUAAAAUGGACAUCCAGAUAUUUGGGAAACUUUUCCUGCCAAUUCUAUAUGCCAUUGUGUUCAUAAUUGGGCUAGUGGGAAAUUUCCUGGUGGUUUUUACUAUUGUGAGAGGUGGCCGCCAAAAGAGCAUCACUGAUAUAUAUCUCUUGAACCUGGCCAUCUCUGAUCUUCUCUUUGUGAUUUCUCUCCCUUUUUGGGCUUCUUAUAUCCUACAUGAAUGGACACUUGGGAACCUUUCAUGCCAAAUAGUGUCCUCUUUCUAUUCCGUGGGCUUCUUUGGAGGCAUGUUUUUCAUCACUGUCAUAAGCAUUGAUCGGUACCUGGCUAUCGUCCGUGCAACAUUUGUUGUGAAAGCUAGAACGGUCAACCACGGAUAUCUCAUUAGCUGUGCAGUGUGGGUACUGGCAAUUUUAUUUGCAGCUCCUCACUAUGUGUUCAUCCAAAAGACAGAGAGAAAAUGCACUUCCCUGUAUCCAGAACACCUUGAAAAAAUCUGGCCCAUUUUCAGCCACAUGGAAACAAACAUCAUAGGGUUCCUUCUCCCAUUGUGUAUCAUGAGCUUCUGCUAUCUGUGGAUCAUCAAAACUUUGCGCUCCUGCAAAACGAACCGGAAAAAAAGAGCCAUCAGACUGAUUUUAAUGGUGGUGGUUGUGUUUUUUCUAUUCUGGACCCCAUAUCACAUAUCGCUUUUACUACAGGUAUUAAAGUACUAUGACAUCUUUGAGACCUGCAGCACCUUAAGGAUUUUAGAUUACAUGAUCCAUGUGACCGAACCUUUAGCUUUCAGCCACUGCUGUCUUAAUCCAAUCAUCUAUGCUUUUGCUGGUGAAAAAUUCAGAAAGUACCUGUCUCAGUUGGUUCUUAGGUGCCUUUCAUUCAUCUGUUUCUGUGUGCCUUCCAGGCAGUGUCAUGAUGGAGGUCUCACACCCAUUCCUGAAGCUGGCUUUACCAGCAACCAGACCCAGAAUACCAGUGAACAAGAUGGCUCUGUCCUUCUCUGACUGUUUAAUAGUGGACAUACUGGAAGUUAUUUGAUAUACUGGGUGCUUAGCAAUCAUUUUGACUAG